AUGGGUCAAACGCAGCCUAAAUCAAUAAUUCACUCCCAACUGAAGUCAAAUGCUAACAAUUACUCUUAUGAAACUGUUGAAAAGUCAAAAUCCCUCCUAUUCCCCAAAAUUCUCAAAAUUUUCAUCUCAAAUGAAGUUUUCCAUAUUUCCGUCCCAGAUGAUUCUCUUACAUGUGGCUGAUUGCUGUCAGAAGUGAUAAGAAAAUACAAAGGCGACCAACACAUAGUCACACUAAGAACCAAAAACAACAUCGAAAUCCUCGACCAUUGACUAAAUUCAUUCGAACGAUCUCUGCAGCCAAUUAGAUUAGAUUAGAUUAUGCUGUUCGCCUUGCUGGGCCGGGAUUUCCACCCCUACACAUUCAUCCCUCUCGCGGGAGGCUUGACGGACACCCUCCCUGUUGCCGCAAACAAGAGAUUCGCGCACCAGUCUUGAGUUUCAUGGCUCCUGAAGUAUAAGGGCCAACCAUCUGGAUCGAAACUCCCAGUUUCUCGUUAGGCAAAUACCGUCUUCAAGGACUGAGGGUCAUAUUGCUUUCAAACAUUGGCCGACCUUGCCCUUUCCAAUGGCUGUUCUAAAGGAAAAGCUCUAAGCCCAGGAAUUAGCUCCCUGGGCCCGAGGAAAACCCAGCCCGAAUAUGCAUAAAAGAUUACCGGCCCCUUGCAUCUAAAUUCCCAACACUGGGCCGUUGUCUGCUGCUGCUGUUGAGGAAAUAGGGUAGAGAGGUCGGGUGGUCUGUCAUCGCCAUUUUUAUGUAUAUAUGCAGCCAAUUAAACACUAUGAAGAAUUAAUAGCAAACUUUGGGGAAGCCCUUAAUGGGGAAAUCAGCGCUUCUCAUUUCGAAGUAAUAAAAAUCAUUGGCAAAGGCGGGUUCUCACACGUAGUUGAAGCAAGAAAAAAGGAUAACGGUUUACUAUAUGCAAUCAAAAUUAUGAAUAAAGAUUUCGUUAGAAGCGAAGAUAAAGUCAACCAAAUUUUCGCUGAGCGAAAUAUUAUGAGCACUGUAAAUCGGCUCCAUGUCAAAUGACCGUGGAUUUUUGACAGUGUACAUUACAUCGAAAUCCAUUGGUCGAAAAUUUUUGAUAGUGUGGACAUUUGGCCAAAAAUUAACGAUUUUUUUCGGUCAAAUGUCUCACUAUCAUCAAUUUUCGGCCAAAAAUUUUUCGGUGAAAUGGACACUAUCAAAAAGGCAAAGUCAUUUGACCUGCACCCCUGUAAAUCACCCUUUUAUAAUUAAAAUGCAUUGGGCAUACCAAACUGCCUCAGAGCUGCAUUUAGUAAUGGAUUUCUGUCCUGGUGGGGAAUUGUUUUACCAUUUGCAUAAUGCAGGAAGGUUUACUGAGGAUCAAGCAAGAUUUUACUUUGCAGAAAUUUUGCUGGGGAUUGAGUAUUUGCACACUCGAGAUAUAGCCUAUAGAGACUUGAAACCUGAAAAUGUCUUGCUGGAUAUUGAUGGCCAUGUAAGGCUAACUGACUUUGGGCUUUCUAAAGAAAAUUUAGGAAAAAGUGAACGAAGCUAUAGCUUUUGUGGGUCACCAGAGUACAUGAGCCCAGAAAUGUUGACAGGCUUUGGACACAAUCGAAGUGUAGAUUUUUAUAGGAGUUUUCCCUAUAUUGCCCGAUAAGGGCCGUGUGUUCUCCGUGGAAUUCCUCUGUUGGUCAAACCAACUCAGUGCUUUGGUUUGAAGAAUUCACUGGUUGGUUAAACCAGCAGAGGGAUUCCUCGGAGAACCCACGGCCCUUAUCGGGCCAUAUAGGGAAAACUCCUAUAUAGCUUAGGAUCACUAUUAUAUGAAAUGCUCACUGGCCUACCACCUUUUUAUGAAGAAAAUCGUGCAAAAAUGUAUUGGAAAAUCCUAAAUGAGCCUGCAUUGAUUCCAGGCUACAUCAGCAAAGCAGGCAGAGAUUUACUGCAGCGAUUACUAGUCAAAAUUCCUGAAGACAGGCUUGGAUCUGUAAGGGGAAGUGAAGAAAUAAAAAAUCAUCCCUGGUGCUCAGGAAUUGAUUGGUUUAAACUUUAUGACAAAAAAAUCCAGCCUCCUUUUAAGCCAAGCAUUCAUGGCUCUAAUUUUGAUUUAUCCUAUAUGAAUGCAAAUGAAAACCAGCUUUCUAAGCCUGUAUCUCUCGGAAGCCAAAAAAUGGUUGCAAAGGAUGAGUUUUUUGGUUUCGAUUAUAAUGAAAAUAUGCACAAACAACGAAGCAAAACAGAAAACAUGUCAUUUCUUUCCACAGAAACCAGUGGUUCUUCAGCCCACAAGCAGAUAAAGCAUUCCUUAUCAUCUCUUUUCACAAAAGAAUCCCAUCAUUUGAAAUCAAUUUCAAAUAUAAAUAUAGAGCAGCAAGCCUCACAGUCUUUAAAGAAAGAUGAAAUAAUGUCAGUGGAAAAGGUAACAAAACGACGAAAAGAGGACUUUGAGGAAAUUCACCAUGUCAGAAAAUCACCGUUAGGCCCUGAAAUGAUGUCGAUUAAAAUUCAGCCAAAGCCAUUAAGAUUAGGAAUUAAAAGAAACACCCGGAGAAGAACCAGUGAAGUCGAUUUACAUAGACUGGAUGAUUUAAAGAAAAAAGGAAAAGUCAAUGUAUAUCAUAGAAACAACGUUUAUUUUGAUAAAACUGCUAUGAAUGUAGCAUUCUAA